AUGCCAACUUUCACAGUAAUGAGGAAACAAGGAAAAAUUAACCUCAUGAUGCUGGUUCUUAUCCUGUUGCCUCACACAAUGUGCAAGAUUCAUAUUGCUAACUGCAUUACCAGAGAUCCUCUUCCUAUUCUUUAUAAAUCUGUUCAAAGAGGAGACUUUAUAAUAAGUGGAAUUGCUUCUCCAAUAUAUGUGCCAUUGGAAACAAUAUCCUUCAAGGCUCUUCCAAAUAAUAUAUUAAAUAAAAUGGCCAUCGCACAGACUAAAAAGUAUCAGCAUGUCUUGGCUCUGGUAUUUGCUGUGAAGGAGAUCAAUGAAAACUUGCAUCUCUUACAAAAUACCACCAUGGGCUACCACAUCUCUAACAGCUACUUCAAUGCAAUAAGGAUCUAUCAUGCCACAAUGGAACUUCUGUACACAACCAGCAGAUUUGUCCCCAACUACAAGUGUGACAGUGAGGACAACCUGAUAGCAGUCAUAGGAGGACUUGAAUUUGAAACUUCCUUCUACAUGGCGACUCUUUUAAGCAUCUACAGAAUCCCACAGCUCGCCUACAGCUCUGCCUCAGUAACGAACGAUAAAUUUUCAGGCCUUUCCAUCUAUCAUAUGGUCCCAAAUGAAGCCCAUCAAUACAAGGGGAUUCUUGACUUAAUUCUGCAUUUCAGGUGGACAUGGAUUGGGAUCAUUGUUGUAGAUGAACAUGGAGAAAUAUUUCUGCAAACCAUGCUUCCUCGGUUUUCUGAUAACGGCAUUUGUUUGGCCUUCAAGGAAGUAGUCCUUCAAGGAACUACAAUAGAUUAUUAUGCAGACCUGGUGGAUGAUGGAAUGAAAAUAUUUGAUAUUGUAAUGAAGAGUAAAGCCGAUGCAAUUGUCUUUUUUGGAGAUGCUGAGUCUGUCUCCUAUUUGAGAUGGUUAGUAAGACUAUUAAAUUCUGAAGACCCAAAGAUAAAAAGUAAAGUGUAUAUUAUGACAGCUCAGAUGGAAUUUUCAACAAAUUUUUAUCAAAGGUCCUGGGACCUACAAGUCCUUCAUGGUAUGAUAUCCUUUACAUUUCAUACAAAUGAACCUCCGGGAUUCCAUCAGUUUCUUCACAGCAGGAAGCUUCUUCAGGCUAAAGGAGAUAGCUUCAUCAAGGUCUUCUGGGAACAGGCAUUCCUCUGUCACUUCUUAGACUCACUGUUGGAGAAGGAGUUUGAUGAAACUUGCACUGGGGAGGAGAAGCUUGGGAGCCUUCCUGGAGAUGUUUUUGAAAUGAGCAUGUCUGGCCACAGCUACAGUGUGUACAAUGCAGUUUAUGCUGUGGCAUAUGCUUUGCAUGCCAUGUAUUCAACCCUGUACAAACACCAAAGAAUGCUGGGUGGAAAGACAUGGAAAUAUUUGGGUCAUCAGUCAUGGCAGCUCCACCACUAUCUGAGAAGAGUCACAUUUAAUAAUAGUGCUGGAGAUGAGGUUUUAUUUGAUGCCAAUGGAGAAAUAAGAACAGGAUAUGAUAUUGUGAACUGGGUCGCUUUCCCAAACCAGUCCUUUGUUAGAGUGAAAGUUGGAAGGAUGGAUCCUCAUAGCCAAAUCUUUGCCAUUAACGAUGAUGCCAUCACUUGGCCUAGUUGGUUUAACCAGACAAAACCUCCUUCCGUAUGCAGUGAGAGCUGCCAGCCUGGUCAAAGCAAGAAAAUGAAGGAGGGUGAGCCAUUUUGCUGCUAUGACUGCAUCCCAUGUCCCAAAGGGAAGAUUUCCACUCAGAAAGACAUGAAUGACUGUGUCACUUGCGGAGAAGAUCUCUAUCCUAACAUGGGACAAUACCAAUGCAUUCCCAAAUGUGUAACUUACUUGUCUUAUGAAGACCCACUGGGGGGCACUUUAGCAAUCAGUGCCCUUUUCUUUUCUUUAGUCAUAAUUUUGGUGCUAGGAAUAUACAUGAAGAAUCACAACACUCCCAUUGUUAAAGCCAACAACCGGAGCAUUACCUACACUCUCCUCAUCUCCCUCCUGUUCUGCUUCCUUUCUUCUUUGUUAUUCAUUGGCCGACCUGAGAGAAUGACAUGUAUUCUACAGCAAACGGCUUUUGGCAUUGUCUUCUCCGUGUCAGUUUCCUGUGUGUUGGCCAAAACCAUCACUGUGGUUCUAGCCUUUAUGGCCACCAUACCAGGAAGCAGGAUGAGGAAAUGGGUGGGGAACAAACUGUCCAACUGCCUUGUUCUCUCCUGCUCCCUCAUACAAACAGGCAUUUGCACUGUUUGGCUUGCCACCUGUCCCCCCUUUCCAGAGAUCGAUAAGCAUUCAAUGUCUGAAGAAAUUAUACUGAAAUGUAAUGAGGGAUCUGCAAGUCUGUUUUACUGUGUCUUAUGCUACUUGGGCUUCCUGGCAAUUGUCAGUUUCACCGUGGCUUUCCUAGCAAGGCACUUGCCUGACACCUUCAAUGAAGCCAAGUUGAUUACUUUCAGCAUGUUGGUGUUCUGCAGUGUUUGGUUGUCUUUUGUGCCAACCUAUCUGAGUACAAAGGGGAAGUACAUGGUUGCUGUGGAGAUCUUCUCUAUCUUAGCCUCCAGUGCUGGACUGCUGGUUUGCAUCUUCUUCCCUAAAUGCUAUAUCAUUAUUGUGAGGCCUGAAUUGAACCACAGGGAACAGCUAAUGAACAGAAAAGUACAAUAA